AUAAACCCGCAGCGCUUCUCAGCAGGGAGAGGGAGAGAGAAAGAGCUCUCGAGUUCUCAAAGAAUCAAAGCAAAGCUGCUGCUGGACAGACUCAGGCAAUAAGGAGACGUGCUUAUAUCCACAGGCUGCUGUAGCAUCUCUGAAAAGAUUCUGCAAAAGGAAUAGAAAGCUCUUGCCACAUCCCAGCCAUCAAUCAUGAAUGAAAACCGCUUGGCUAUCGACAUUCUGCUCUUGUGUAUAUCCUGUGGAGCAAGUGCACUGGCAGCCUUCAGUCCAACUGCCUCUUCAUCUCUGCCAGCAACCAAUUUCACUGAUAUUGGCUCUGCGCCUCCAAAAUAUCUCACAGAGGCCGCAAACCUUCCCAAAACCAGACGGAAACGUUAUAUUUCCCAGAACGAUAUGCUUGCUAUACUUGAUUACCAUAAUAAAGUCAGAGGGAAAGUUUUCCCCCCAGCCUCAAACAUGGAAUAUAUGGUCUGGGAUGACACUCUUGCAAAGACGGCUGAGCAGUGGGCGUCCACUUGUAUUUGGGAGCAUGGUCCACGCAAUCUUCUUAGAUUUCUGGGUCAGAACCUUUCAGUUCGAACAGGAAGGUACAGGUCCAUUUUGCAGCUGGUAAAGCCCUGGUAUGAUGAAGUGAAGGACUAUUCUUUUCCCUAUCCUCGAGACUGCAAUCCCAGAUGCCCCCUUAAGUGCUACGGACCUAUGUGCACUCAUUAUACACAAAUGGUGUGGGCAACCUCAAAUAAAGUAGGAUGUGCCAUCAACACAUGCAGUAAUAUGAAUGUUUGGGGCUCGGUAUGGAAGAGAGCGACAUACUUGGUCUGCAACUAUUCUCCGAAAGGUAACUGGAUUGGUGAGGCCCCGUAUAAAGUAGGUGUUCCUUGCUCCAUGUGCCCUCCGAGCUAUGGAGGAUCAUGCAGUAACAACAUGUGCUUUCCUGCUGUGAACUCAAAUUACCUGCACUGGUUCAAAUAAACACAGACAGACAGAAUGCACAUGCCCCAUCACAGAGACACUGUCCCUUAUGGGAUUUUGCACAACAUUCCUGCAUCACCCAGUUUUUUUUUAAUAUAUGGGCCAUAUAGGACCAUGGGUUGCAAGGCAGCAAUUUUUUAAAGACUUGUACAUAACUUAUUUUGUAAUGUUUAUACCAUAAUUAUAUUAUUUGUGUAUAGACCCAUGUAUAGGAAAUGGUUUAUUUCCUGAGAGGGACUCUACUGUGAUCUGUCAAGACAUGAUUGGUGCUUACAGUAUUCAGCUGUAACUCUACUCAGAGAACACAAACUCCUAUCAGGCUUUGUUAGCAAGCCUAACAUUGCAAGUAGUACCAGGCUCGUCUUAAAGGGAAUCCUGGGUUAUAUGGCUUAAUGUAACAUAAAUGAUGGCUCUUACUGAAAUAUGUAGUAGAAAACCCAUUAAAUAUUUACUUUAAUUUAAAAAAUUCACAUCGUUUAAUACAUAUCUUGUAGUAUGGGGAGCACCAUUAUUUCAGUGAUGUAAAAUGGUUGCACUCGAGCUACUGAAGCUACCUGUUGCUAUUUUUUCUGCAACAAAACUCAGAAUACAACUCUGAAAAUAAAAUUCUGAUACUGAACGGCAACUGAAAGAGCUUACAGGUGGCGAUGGAUACAAGCAUAGGGUUAAACCAAAUGCCGUACCAUCUGUUUUUUAAACGCCCCUGGAUAUUGAGUGAAAUCUACACUGAGAAACUCCUUCAGCGGCUGCGGCAUCACGACAGUCAGCAUGUUUGCAUCCUAUCAGGAUGGCAUCUAGCGUUUCUUGUCUCUGCCAUUUGUAAGCUCUUUCAGUAGCUGUGGUCUACUAAAAGCCUCAAAGACAUCAGGGCUAAAGUGGAGUUUUAUUCGUUCGCAGACAUGUUCCCAUUCUUUUCUUUUCUUCUUAUCGCUAGGAAAGCAGUGAAGACUUGCAUCGUUUCUCUUUUUCCCCUUUGACUGAAAAUUACAACCAAAAGCUGCACAAUCUUUUGCUUUGUAUCAGUAUUUUCUUUUCCAAAUUGUGUGUUCCAAGUUGUGUUGUGGUAAAAUAGCAACAGGUAGCACCAGUAGCUCACAGAGUGCAACCAUUUUACAUCACUGAAAUAAUGGCGCCCCCUCAUAGUCCAAAAUAUGUAUAAAACGAUGUUUUUUAAAAAUAACGUAUCUUUCAUGCGUUUUCUACUACAUAUUUCAAUAAAAGACAUACGUUUUAUUAAGCCACAGAAGUCUAAACACCCAGGGUUCCCUUUAAAGGAAUAGUUCACCCAAAAAUGAAAAUUCUGUACUUCACUGUACUCACCCUCGUGUCGUUCCGAGCGUGUAUGGCUUUCUUUCAUCCGUGGAAGACAAAAGAUAUAUUUUGUAGAACUCUUUAGCUGUUUUUGUGUAUAUUUUUAUAAAGGUCAGAAAAGUCCUUUAUGACUUUAAUCAUACAUACAGAAACUGCUAAAACAUUCUUCCAAAUAUCAUGUCAUGUCUGUCAUCCUCCUUCUCAUGUUGUUCAAGACUUGUAUGACAUAAAACAAAUCUUUUAAAGAAUUUUGGUAAGCAAACUGUUUUGGUUUCCAAUGGAAGUCAACGGUUUGGUUGCCAACGUUCUUCAAAAUAUCAUCUUUUGUGCAAGUCAUAUAGGUUUGGAACAACGUAGAUGAUGACAAAAAUGAACUUUCAUUUUUGGGUGUGCUACCAAUUUAAAUCAAUGCAAUCAAAUGGCUUUAGUUCUAGCAGCCUGUUUUGUGUAACGUCAUAUCUUUUAACCCUGGAGGUUGACUUUUCGUGUUUCAGUUAAAAACUUAAGCUAGCUCUUCGUGACACAACAGUACUUCACUGGGUUGAAUACACUCACUGGUAUUCUUGGUAAUUCUUUGCUUCGGGUCUUCUUUUUUGGAAGGUUUCCACAUGCUUAAAGCCUACAAACGUGAGCUUGGGGCUUAGAAAUCAUGGAAUGUUGAUUAGAAAUCGUUUUUACAUUUUGCAACCCCAGAAAGAGUAUUUAGUGAGAUGGCUAAUCAUGCUGUACCCUAAUGAAAUGUUGAGAUGGAUUAACAUGGAAACAUGUUUGAUGUGUGCACCUUAAAAUGUUUUUAAAUGUGUUUUUAGUUAUUAAGCUGUCAUUAAUGGUGAUUUUUACCAUUUGUAUAUACAUUUAUUGUGAUUUUUCAGCAGUAUAGUCUUUACAAUGCAUGCAUAACAGUGGCACACUAUUGCAUUGUAUUGCACUGUGUAGAUUUCACUUUUUGAACUGCAUCUCAAAAGCACUUAGGAAAUCUACCAGGCAGUACUUUGCAAUAAUCUGGACUUGGAGGAGGGGAUAUAAAGAGCUAUUUAUCCCUUUCCUCCCAUAGAUUCAGCAUGUUCAACAUGACGUCAUUUAUUGAAAUUGUAUUUUCUGUUAAAUUCUGUUUUGUAAAAUAUUAUUUUUAAGUUUGUCAUAGACUGCAUCUCUUAUUGUGUUAAUAUGUCUUUGCAGACCUCUGAUUUUUGUGCUAAACAAGUUAUGGUGCUAGGUUUAAUAAGCAUAAUGUAAAUGUGUGUGUUUGCACCUAUUGUUAAGACUCAAUAUACAAUACAUAAAUGACAACUGUAUUUCAGUAACACUUUAUUUAUCAUUUGAAAUAAGCUGUACAUAGCCUUUUUAUACAAAUCUUUUUUUUAAUAUAAAAUUUGUUAUUUAAACUUGUCAUUCUGUGCCUUAUUGCAAAGCUACAACACUGUUCAAAGGUUUGGGAUUGGUAUUAUUUUUAAGAAAUUAAUACUUACAUUAGCACUAAAUUGAUCAAAGAGACAGUAAAUUAAUUCAUGGUGUCACAAAGAUUUAAAUCUUAAACAAAUGCUGUAAAAAAACAAUAUUAAGCAGUCUUUGUUAGCAUAAGAACCUGCUUUAAAAACCAUUUGAAGAUUUUAUCGGCCCUAAACUUUUGAAAGCUCUCAAAUAACACCCAUCAGCAACAGUUUUUUUUUAAUGGUGAGAGUUUUGGAUCAAGACUUGUUGUUGAAAGAGACGUCAUCGGUGCAGGUUGAGGGUUGAAACGUUUUUGGCCUUUGGCCUGCAACCAAAAACAAAUACGUUCAACCCAGAAACCUUGUUAUUAUUUGAAGUCUGUAUGUUUUAUAGAAGAAUAAACAA